AUUAAGAGUAAAAAUAGAAAAAUUGAAAAUUAUAUCAGGAAAGGUGAAAUUUAAUUUACUUUUUUCCUUUACAUAGUUUUAAAAAAGUUGUUUUAAAAGAAGUCAUAUCAAAAUUGAUUUACCUGGAUUUUCCCCGUAGAGAAAAAUAUGGAGCAAGAUACGAAUGUUGGAGAUUCAAGUACGUCAGCAAAAAGAUCCAAGUUGGAGAAUAUACUAUUACCAAAAGAACUAAGAAUUACUGAUGUUAAUUCAACAAGCUCAUGUACGAAUGAUAUUGAAAUGAUCGGUACAGAAGAAACGCAAGCAAGCCAAGAAACGAAUAAUGAAGAAAUAAUGGAAGACGAAAAUAUAAAUAAAAUAUCAGUUCAAUUAGAGUCAUUUAAGGAAAAAAACAAUGAAUGCACACAAAGUAAUAAUUGUACUAAGAACAGAGCUCAAGAAGUUUUGGGUAUUAAGACUGAAAAUGAACAUUUAGAAGGUGAAAGUUCAACCAAUAACGAAAAUGUCGUCCAGAAUAAUACGAAUACCGACGAAGCAGUUAAAGAAGACGAAAUGAAAGAUGUUACAAGAACACUAAAUGCAAAUGAACAAGAAGCUGGUCCAAGUGAAACUGACACAGUUAGAAAACCUCGAAACCGUAAUCGACAUUAUCGACCACGAAGAAUUUCGUCGUCAGAAUCUUCUCUUAAUAGCUCAAAUAUGGAUAUUUCUAACGAUGAGGCACCUGUUGAUAACAGCGAUUCUGAUCAUAUGGAUGAUGACUCCGCUCAUUCUAAUAAUGAAGAUGAUUCUGAUGGACAAAAUACAUAUGCAACAGAUUCGACUUCUGAUUCAAGCUCGCACGGUUUAGAAUCGAAUGAUACAGAUGAAGAGCAAGAUGUUUCAGAUGAUAUCAAUUCAAUUCAAGAAAUUUUAACAAAAGAAAAACCAAAAUACAGAACAAACCUUUUAUAUGAAGUAAUAUAUCGCGAGCAUGGCUUAUCAGGUCUUGGAAUAUCAUAUAGAAGGCGACGUGAUCCUAUGGCUUUUCAAAGUACAAUAUAUAACUCAAGAUUAACGAUAGAAAAGUUGCGUCUUACACAUAAUUUAAGAAAACAUCGUGGCUGUGUUAAUAGUUUAAAUUUUAAUCGAUCUGGCAAUAUACUUUGCACAGGAUCAGAUGAUCUAAAAAUAAUGUUAUGGGAUUGGGCUAAUAGUAAAGUGAUUCAUUCUUUUUUAUCUGGCCACAAUUUAAAUGUUUUUCAAACCAAAUUUAUUGAUAUUGGUGGUGGAACAAAUAUUGUUUCGAGUGCAAGAGAUGGUCAAGUGCGUCAUCAAAUUUUACGACCAAAUGGUUCCAAAAAUAUUUCGACCGUAUUGUUUAAACAUUCCGGUCCAGUACAUAAAAUAGCUGUGUGUCCCAUGAAUCCUUAUGAAAUUUUAACCGCAGGUGAAGAUGGAUUUGUUGUAAGAUGCGAUUUAAGAGAAAAACCUAUCGAACGAUUAGUAACAGUACGCGGUAGCAAUCGCCAAAGGAUUGAUUUGUACAGCGUUGCUCAUAAUCCAUUAGAUCAAGAAUUUUGUGUUUGUGGAAGGGAUCAGUUUGUAAGAGUUUAUGACAAGAGGAAUGUGAAAGAACCAGUUUACAGAAUGUUUCCAGAAAAAUUUGUUACUGAUAAUAAACAUCAUGAUAGCUACAUAACAUGCGCUGUAUAUAACCAAACAGGAACCGAAAUUUUAGCUUCAUAUAAUGAUGGUGAUAUAUAUCUUUUCAACAAUAAAUGCUAUUUGAAAGGACAUUUUACGCAUCAAUACAGGGGCCAUUUAAACUGUAAAACAAUUAAAGGCGUCAAUUUUUUCGGUCCCAAUUCUGAGUAUGUAAUUAGCGGAAGUGAUUGUGGAAAUAUGUUUAUAUGGGAUAAGGAAAGUGAAGUCAUUCUAAAUUGGCAAAAAGGAGACAGAUCAGGGAUUGUUAAUUGUUUAGAGCCUCAUCCGUCUUUUCCAAUUUUGGCAACAUCAGGCCUAGAUUUCGACGCGAAAAUAUGGAGCCCAAUUUCUGAAACGAUACCUCCCGAAAUGGAAGGCCUUGAAAAAUGUGUCAAGCAUAAUGCCAAGCGAUUGGCUUCGAAUAAAAGCGAUGUUUUUAGUAACAGAACUUUCCUAUUUUUUAUUAGUGAAUGUCAACGCACCCGAAGAAGAACUCGAUUUUUAAAUCGAACUACCUAUUCCGAUGAUCAAGGUGAUAAUUAUCCAUUGGUGCAAGACAUAGCAACUUCAUCUAGUAGCGAGCAUAGUACAGAUUUAGACGAUGGUGAUGACGGUCGUAUGCCUUGUACAACUCAAUAACUCCAAAUGAUGUCUAAAAAGUGGGAGACUUUUAGAAGCAGUCGUUAUACUGCACGUUUUUUGUAAUGCUAUUAAAAAUAAAAAUACAUAUACAUAUAUACGUAUAAUUUUAUACAAAAACUGAGUUAUAAAUUGCGACAUAAUUUCACUUCUUUAUUAGGUAUACAAGAAAUCGGUUACAAAAUCCGCUUGUUUUUGGGCUUAAUCGCAGAAUAAUAUUGAUAAUUAAAUUCUGGGGAAAGUUGUAUGUAGAAUUUAUUAGAAAAUCAGUCAAGUAAUUUAAACUGUGAUCUAAUAAAAUUACUAUGUGAAUUGAAAAUAUUUAAUUUAAAAACCAUAAUCAGAAAUCUUACAAUAGAUUUUUUAUGAAAAUUAUUUUGAACCUUAUUUUGUUUCUUUUAAAAGACAUUGUUGAAUUAAAUACUAUA